UGGAGGCGUCGCCGCCUGCCGCUAUGUUUCGACGGGAGGCUCGCCUGCGGCGGGAGUAUUUGUACCGCAAAGCCCAGGAACAGAAGCACCAUCUUCUGGAGGAGAAGAAACUAAGGCUUAAGAGGGCCCUCGAGAUCAAUCAGCCGAUCCCGCCCGAACUCUGUCGGGAAGCUCUGACGCUCCAGCAGGCAUUGGAGUUUGAUGAUGUCGGAAGUGAGGAUGUCCUGAACCACCAGGAUGAUGAAUACAGAUGGGCAGGUGUAGAAGACCCCCGAAUUAUGAUCACCACAUCUCGGGACCCUAGCUCUCGGCUCAAGAUGUUUGCCAAGGAACUGAAGCUGAUACUUCCUGGUGCUCAGAAAAUGAACCGGGGGCGGUGUGAAAUGGGCGCUCUGGUCGGUGCGUGUAAAGCCCGCGGAGUCACGGAUCUGCUGCUGGUGCACGAGCACCGGGGAACACCCGUGGGCCUCAUCGUGAGCCACCUGCCCUUUGGGCCUACUGCGUAUUUCACGCUGUGCAAUGUUGUGAUGCGGCAUGACAUCCCUGGCCUUGGCACUGCCUCGGAGGCCUUUCCCCACCUGAUCUUCAGCGGAUUCUCCUCCCGCCUGGGGCAGCGGGUCUCCAAUAUUCUGCGAUACCUCUUCCCGGUACCCAAGGACGAUAGCCAUCGGGUCAUUACCUUUGCCAACCAGGAUGACUACAUUUCUUUUCGGCAUCAUGUGUACCGGAAAACUGAUCGUAGCACGGUGGAGCUGACGGAGGUAGGGCCGAGAUUUGAGAUGAAAUUGUACCUGAUCCGCCUGGGCACACUGGAGCACGAAGCCUCAGCAGAUGUGGAGUGGCGUUGGCACCCAUAUACCCACACAGCCCGAAAGAAGCUCUCCCUCGGUAUCUAGCAGACCCCCAGAAAAGGAUUUACAUAGCUAACACCAGCGUAUGCACUUGUGAAAAUUAUUAGGAUUUUCCUAAUUACAAUGUUUAAUGUAUAUAAUAAUAAUCCAGGUUUUUCAGUGACCAUUUUCUCAGCACACUCCCACUUUGGUGUCAAUCUUACAAUACCGCUUGAAAUGAUCAGUUCUAACAGUGCUUUCCUGUGUACAUUAAGUGAAAUGAAUUGCAAAGAUUGCAGAACCUAUUUUUGUCACAAAACUCUGGAACUGCCCUCCACCAUGUAACAACCCCAGGAUUUGAAACUAUCACUUAAGGACUUCUCAGAGGACUGAAGAACACUCCCCAGCUUGUCAUGGGAAACCACUCAAGCCCUAAAAAUGAUCUUCCCCCUUCCUUCCCAUUUAUGAUUUGUGUAUAAAAUUUCUACUUUUACUACAACAGGUGGAAGUCUCCUGCCUCAGAAAACUUGCAGUUUGCAAACUGUAUUCCUCACUCUGAAAGUGAUUAAACUGUUAGUUUCUCUCUUAAAAAAAAAAUGACAAAAACCUAAACAUGGAAAGAUUUGGAAAUGAAACAAGAUGCUAUCUACCUUCAGAGAAAUAGUUGACAAGUGGAAAUAAGCAUAAUAUAGUCUUGUAUAUAUGUUUAUGUGAGUGUAUCUGUGUAUGUUUAUAGAUAUCUGUGUGUAUAUACCCAUGCUUAAUUGUAGCCUUUGGGAGAGUGAGGAAAGAAGGGAAAAUAAAGUUAAAAAGUACACAUCAGAGAACAAAAGGAAACCUACAAGAAAGCAAUGAAAACUGGACAAAUUUGAAAAUAAUAUGUAAGAGAGUGAUAAGAUUACCUAUUUGUGUCUUAACGGUUGCCAUUUGG